AUGUAUCCAAAUUUAAACACAUUAGAACUAGCUCAUAUUUAUUUUAAUCUUAAAGUACAUAAGCCUGAUCUACCAGUUCGUCCUAUUAUUGCUUCAAUUAAUGCACCAGCUAGACUUAUAUCAAGUUUUCUCGAUCAACUUCUUACUCCAAUUUACAAUGAAGUUACAAAAGAUUAUACAUUUAUUAAUGGUAUUGAUGUUGUUCGAAAAUUAGAAAAAUAUCAACAAGAUGUUUAUCUUACCUCAACAACACUCUUUGUUAUCUUUGAUGUUAGUGAUUUAUAUACGAUGAUACCACGUGAUGGUGCUCUUGCUGCAUUAAGUCGAUUUUGUACAAAAUAUGCAACAAAUAAAAAAAUUGGCAAUCUCACUAUAGAUGCUAUUCUUAGAUUAGCACGUGUCGUACUAGAUACAAAUUCGUUUGCUUAUAAAGACAAAUAUUAUCGACAAAUUAAAGGUGGUGCAAUGGGUUCACCUUUUACUAUGAUUUUAACUAAUAUUUAUAUGUUCGAUUGGGAACAAGAUUUAAUUGAACAUCAAACAUUGCACAAAGAAAUUUAUGGUCGAUAUAUUGAUGAUGUUUUUAUGACCACUAACUUAUCGAAAGAAGAAAUUUUAAAAGAACUUGAAGCAACAACAAAGAAAGAUUCAAAUAUUAAUAUUACAACUGCAAUUUAUUGGACAAUUUAUUGGACUUAUAUUUAUUGGAAGUCUUCGGACCUUUGA